CUAGAAGCACACGACAUUUGCUCUUAGGUACAAAAUGUACAGAAUACUCACAGUUCUUUUCCAAUAUUUGAUGAUCGUGUCUUGUAAAAUGUUUGAAAGUGAAUUAAAUGUGAAUGAUAUACUUCGUUCUGAUCUGAUGCCAACGUUCUUUAUGGUGGAUGGUGAAACAGAAGAUGUUCAACGAGUUAAUAAUACGCUUAGCAAACCUGUAGAGCAGUCAGUUAAUGGAUCUAUUGAUGCGGCACUGUCGACACUCGCUUUUCACAGAAAAAUGAUGAACGAAUUUCAUUGUCGCAACUACAUAGCCGAUCAAAUUUUGGAAGAAAUGGGUAAAAGUGUUCUGCAAAAUAGGAUCGGAAGGCCAUUCACCGAAGUUAAAGAUAACAUGCUUAUGCGGAGACAAGAUUUGAGGAAUAAUGUGAUGUUUGACGUUGGCUCCGCUAACUACCAAGAGUGGCUUGCCAAGGUGGCAGCACUUAACGAUGUCCACAACGUAGCCAAUAUUGCCGCAAAUACUGGCAACAGCAACGUUUCACUAGCAGGGGCUUCAGCAGCCCCGUCGGCGCCUCAAGUACCAACGCUUCAAACAAGAGAAGGCUACGAAGUGUAUGAGGGAGGCAAGGAGUUCACAGGCUAUGGAGCUCCCGAUGUACCACCGCCGGAUCUUGCUAAGUAUAGUGGCGGUUACGAGUAUUCCAUGCCUCCUCCUCCACCGCCACUAUACCAUCACCCAGCGGCAGUUCAACAAACCCAUGUGGUUGAAGAAUAUGCAGAACACGACAGUCACAGUCUUGGUUUAGCUGAUCUGUUCGACAUAUCGCUUACGGGGAUCGCUUUCUUAUCUUUCGGCAUGUUUAUUCUGCAAGUACUCAUGUGUAUCACCAUGAAUCCACAACAACCUCAAGUAAUGCAAAUGGUGGACAACAGCGGUGAUACGGUUAACGUGGAUGACGUAUUUCGGGUUAAGCGAGAGACACACGAGAGUACUACCAUUCCUUCAGUGAACAAGAUGGCUCGUUACGCACUGUUGGCACUGCGGCCGCGCUCCACUCCUUGUCUGUACCGAGCCUUAUGUGUGGGGAAUAAGAAGGCUCGGGAUCUACGUGAUAGCAAUUGGUACUGGUUACCAGUUUGGCAUGCGGGAGUAGCAUGGACCCGCGGUGGAGCACUAGGUGCCCUUCGAGCUGCGACCCUGGGGCUCGGUGGAGCUGACUGCGAUAUCCACUAUCCGAGAGCACAUUGCACUACCAACUCCUAACAAUAUCUAUGUUGUUUCUUGUUACGUGUUAUUUUUUUUUAUUUUAUGAAGUACAAUGUUUUUUGUUAUAUUAUAAUGUCUUUGACACACCAUAA